AUGGCCCAGUCGCCGCCUCCGCAAAUCCUUCUCAGCCACGACCACUGGAGCUUCCCCCAGGGCUGGGGCUGGGCCGGCCACUCGGACUCCACAUCCCCGGCCUCAUCUUCGGAUUCGUCGAGUUCGUGCCCUUGCGACGGAACCCGCGGGCCCUCUCAAUCCGCACACGCGGGCCGCAGCGCCCGAGCCACCGAGACCGCCCCGACGGCGCCCAGGCGAGUGCGUCCCAGUCCCGCAGGCGGGCAGCGGCAGAGCGCCAGCGAGCGCGAGAAGCUGCGCAUGCGCACGCUCGCCCGCGCCCUGCACGAGCUGCGCCGCUUUCUGCCGCCGUCCGUGGCGCCCGCUGGCCAGAGCCUGACCAAGAUCGAGACGCUGCGCCUGGCCAUCCGCUACAUCAGCCACUUGUCGGCCGUGCUGGGCCUCAACGAGGAGAGCCUGCAGCGUCGGCACCGGAGGCUCAGCGAGGCAGCGCCAUCUCGGGGCUGCCCGCUCUGCCCCGACGGCGGUCCAGCGCAGGCGCAGACACAGGGCCUGGGUUCGUCUGCCUGUGCUGCCGCAUCCUGGGGGUCCCCGGCCGCCUGUCUCGGAACCCCAGCAGUACCCGAGCACCUAGAGAGCCGGGUCCCUGUCCUGAAUUCCUGGUUAACACCCCCUUACCACCCUGGGAUGCAGUCUUCCCCUCAAAUGUCCCGAGGGAGAGACCCUGAGACGCCUCUUUGGAUGUCCUUGCAAACCUGUCCUGGGACUCGGACAUCCCCGCAGCCCGGGAACCUGACUGUUCCCUGGACGCCGCCCCCAACCCCUGCAGAGCUGCAGACUGUGUACCAGGGGAUCUCCGUGUCUCCAGAGUCCUGUCUGCCGCUGGGAACCCUGCCUCACCUGCCCCACCCAUCAUGCCAGAGACUCCAGUCUCAGACCCAGUGGGGGUGCUGGAGCCCUAGCGCAGAGGCACUCCCCAACUCUGAGAACCAGGCACUGGGCUCCACCUUCCCGCUCAGCGAAGAAGCAAGCCCUCCCCAGAGCUCAGGUCCGCAGCUCAGCGGCUGCCCUGAACUUUGGCAAGACAAUUUGGAGAGGGCCCACCUGGGCAUCUAUUAA